ACGGCUGCUACAGUUGAUCGUUGUUAACCCGCGCCGUAUUUCCCCGCUGUCGUCACCGGCCUCCCGGACGAUCGACCUCGAGCGCGCCCAGCGUCUGCCCGACGAGCGUGGCGCAGCGUCGGGCAGGCCCCGCAGACGUCAGUGCAGCCCCCGGCGCACCCCCCUCGGCUCGGUGAGUGGGACAAACCCGUCUGCGUCGCUCGGGUGGGGGGACCUUUUUCCGGUCGCGGCCUGGCGUGGGGGCAUAAAAAAAGUGGUCAAUCGAGACGUGUACGCUGCGUGUGUAUCUGCCCCCCGAGAGAAGAAGUCCUUGCCUCCUCGCGAAUGGAGAGUGCAAACAGUCUGAGCCCCCGGCGACUUUCCGCCAUUGGUGGUAGUCAAAAGUCGCGGCGACAGUCUUACGCGGGGCAGUCUCCCUCACAGGACUCUGCUCCUGCCGGCGGCCAACUCAAGCGGGUGCCCACUGUGAGCGGACCGGUGUCUGGACUGGACAACAUAAACAUGUAUCGGCUCGACGCUAACCACCGGGCCUCGAGCUCGAGCGCGUCCCGGCGCACCAGCCGCAACGAGGAUUCCUUCACCUGUUCGCAGCAGAGCAUCCUCAGCGCCAUGGAUCGGUUCGUCAAGUCCGUGAACAACAUGGAUGCCACGGUGCUGGUGCCUUCGAGAUUGCGUGACAUGGACCUCACCGACAAGGCGGGACGUGCGCCGCCCGCGAACCUGAUGCAGACCGACCUCUACUCCUUCUACAACAUGCUCAACGACGUCAAGAACGAGCUGCUGUGGGGGCCCAGCGCGGCCGCCACCUCGGCCGUUGUGCCGCUGACCGGGGCGCUGCUACGGCCGCCCCCGAAGCACACGCGGCAGCCCUCAGACGACAGCCUCGGCUCCACGGGAUCCACGUCCGACACCGAUUCGGACGUCGACAGAGUGGUCACGGACCGCGACGGGCUCGAGCAGAGCCUUCACCUGGCCGCCGCCUUCUGGCAUCACCUGCAAGGACUGCACGCCAUCCUGCACCAGCUCGCCGACUCGGCCGACUACCUGGCGUGCAGGUACCAGGAGGAAGUGGACGCGUCGGCACUCUGAUCCGUUCCACGUCGUGGUUGUGCGCGUCGGGACCCACACAGGCCACAACGGGAUACUAUACAGUGCUCCAUCGUCGCCACUCCGAACGAUGUUCAUACAGUGUGCUCGCUUUUUUCUGUCGACCCCCGCCGCCGCCUGCCCGCCGCCUGAAGAGACCCGAGCAACGGAGAAAAUUAGCCUUCCCACCCCAGCGCAAAACCCUGCGAACAACAGGGCCGUUUUAAAUCCCCCGUGAUAAAAAACUGCCUUCGUUUGCUCGCACUUUUUUUUUCUCUUCGCCAUGACACGUGGAUGACGCGACAGGUCUGUCUCGUUUUGUGCCAGUUUCGGUUUUCAGCGACCGAAUCCAUGCCACGCGCUCAGAUUCGGGGCAGUCUCGUUCUGUGAUCAACAGCUCUAUCUUUUUCGUUCAAGUUUUGAAAUUCGACUCUGACUCCGCUGCUCCUUCGUAGUAGCGCUAAACCAUCAUUUAUUUUUUGUUUUUCCUGUCGUCGUCCCCCCCACUUAUUGCGGCUGGUAUGUCCAUCAGGUUACCCGUUAGAAACGUUUAUCUUCGUAGCAAAACGGCUGUACGCCCCAGGGUUUGGUUGUAAGCAUCACGAUAUGGCCGUUCGUCCUCGUAUUCGCGGCGCUCGAAAUAAGAGGGCACGCAGAAUGCGUAGCGGGAAGUUUUCGUUUUCCGGGUGAACCUGGUAAGACUCCGCAAAAAUGGCUGCGGGAGGUCCCGUAUGUGGGCCAGUAGUGUGUUAACUUAUUUUGCUGCGCCUCGCGCAUUUUGCCCGAAGCUACGACGUCUUGUCACGAUGGUUUUUUUUUUUUUGUACCUUCUCGUCCAUUCUCUAUUAUAUAUGCCAGCAGAGUAGAGCAACCGAUCGUAACAGUUAGCUAACAGCCCCGCGAUGCGCACACUUUUUUGUUGAGCGGCCGUUGCCAAAAUUUCUGAGUUCUUGCACGAAGCGCCAUUUUGUAGCUGUCUCUUGCCACUCACUGUUUUGCAUUUAACCGAAACGUCACACGAGUGAUUUUUUUUUUUUUCACGUGAUAAAAGGGCGUUUCUGUGUGUCGGACGUGGCGCAAAGUUCUCGAGUCAUGUAACCUAAAAAAAAAUCGCGCAACAUUCCAAGCUGCUUAAUUAGUCGCUAACCGUUGUAUGGAAGGAUACUCACAUUUUUUUCUUCUCAUCUGACAUGGUUGUUCUUCGUUCGGUGUUGCGACGCGAGCUAUGGCUUCUCGGGGAUAGUUGUGUGUUGCGGAGCUUUAAAAAAAAAAAAGCGUGUGUUAGAGCGAGUGCAUGAUUGUACAUAUGUAAAUAUGACUACAUACUUUUUUUCUUUGGCUCAGUAGUGUGCACAACGACGUAAACUAAAAAGGCUGAAGAAAUUUAGACACUUAUGAAAUGUUCUGUUUUUUGUUGUUUCUAAUGACGAAAGUCUAAAAGUAACCAGUCGGAAAAAAAAGCGUGAUUGUAUUCUCUGUUAAAACGAGUGAGAGAGAGGAAAACAUUGUAUUUGUUGCACCUUUGUAAAUUGGAAAGGAACGCAUGGAGGAUGAUGGCCAUCACACUUUGUUGUUCAUUUGACAGAAGCGAAUUAAAAACAGAGCUACAUUGACGAAAAAAAAA